AGUUCCCCUUCUUACCCGACACUGCUACUACUUGGGAAGGCAAGAAGGAGAGGCCACCAUGAGCCGGGGGCCUCGGGGAUCUGGGGGGCCCCCGCAACAGCAGAACGUGCCCUCUGGCCUCCUGCAGGACCACGAGAACCAACGGCUGUUUGGCCUCCUGGGCCGAAAGUGCUGGACCCUGGCAACCUCAGUGGCCCAGCUGUACCUGGCACCUCCCAGCACAGGAGGGCGCUGGCACAAGGAACUGAGUGGAGCCAUCUGCUUCGUGAAGGACAACCCUCGCCGGUCCUACUUCAUCCGCCUCUAUGGCCUCCAGGAAGGACGACUCCUCUGGGAGCAGGAAAUCUACACUCAACUGGUCUACUCCGCCCCCACCCCAUUCUUCCACACCUUCCCUGGCGAUGACUGUCAGGCUGGCCUGAACUUUGCUGAUGAGGCUGAGGCUCAAGCCUUUCGAGCUCUGGUGGAGGAGAAGAUCCAGAAACGAAGCCAGAAGCAGAAUGCUGGAUCUCUCAGCACAGAAAGAAAAGGGGGCUCGACACCCCUUCCUUCCCAACCCAGUGGAGACCUCAAUGUCCCGGCCAGUACCCUGGGCUCCCCAUCUCUGGGCCUGGUUGCUGUGGACAUACAGAACCCGGAUAUCACAUCCUCAAGGUACCGGGGGCUCCCUGCACCGACUCCUCCUCCCCCAGACAAGAAGCGCUCAGGGAAAAAGAAAAUCAGCAAGGCUGACAUCGGGGCUCCCAGCGGAUUCAAGCACGUCAGCCAUGUCGGAUGGGACCCUCACAGCGGAUUCGACGUCAAUAACCUGGACCCGGACUUGCGGAGCCUCUUCUCCAGGGCUGGGAUCAGCGAGGCUCAGCUGACGGACGCAGAGACCUCGAAGCUCAUUUAUGACUUCAUUGAGGACCAGGGCGGGCUAGAGGCUGUCAGAGAGGAGAUGAGGCGGCAAGGCCCUGUUCCACCCCCUCCACCCCCAUCUCGUGCUGGGGCCCCUCAGCGGUCCCCUGGCUCCUCUGUGGCUGGGAGCCGGGGGGGCCGGUCAGGACCCCUCCCCCCAGUGCCCUCUGGGACCGGCGGGAUCCCCAGUGUGCCUCCACCAGUUCCACGGGGACCCCCGCCUCCUCCCGGCCGUGGCGGUCCCCCCCCUCCUCCGCCACCUUCCUCCCACUUGGGGCCACCGGCACCGCCGCCGCCGCCCACGCCUGGGUCGGGGCCUCCGCCCCCUCCGCCACCGCCACCGCCGCCUCCUCCGCCAUCCGCGCCUUCGUCGGGAGGGACCGUGGCCCCUCGAGGUCGAGGGGCCUUGCUUGAAGAGAUCCGGCAGGGCAUUCAGCUCAACAAGACGCCAGGGGCCCAGGAAAUCCCAGCUCCCCCGCCCCCAAGCUCUGAGGGGCUGGUGGGGGCCCUCAUGCACGUCAUGCAAAAGCGGAGCAAAGUCAUCCACUCUUCAGAUGAAGGGGAGGACCAGGGUGGUGAGGAGGAUGAGGAGGACGAAUGGGAAGAUUAAGCAAACCCUGGCCGAUGGAAGAGCAGCCUCUCCCUGCCGCCUGCCCUAAGCGCGCCUCCUCCCUUCUCAGAGUUCAGCUCCCACCCCCCAAUGUGUCCCCUGCACUGUAAUAACAAUGACGGUUUUGAGAAAUAAACUUUCCGCUAACUACU